GUCUUACUGCACAACUCCUCCGCUUGCAACUUUCUUCUUGAAGGUUACUCUUUCUCCCUCUCUCUCCUCAGCUCCGCCUUCAUUUCGUUUUGUUUUCAUUUUUUUCUUCUUUUUUUUCUGCUUCCUCUUCGCAGUCCCCUUUCGUUGCGUCCGCCAUAGUGCUCGUGUUCCACUCUGCAAUCAUGGCGCACGACGGCGAAGCCCUGGUGACGGAGGAUUACGAUCAGGCGCCUCGCUUGGAGAACAAGCGUAAGUUCGAUGAGACGGCGGAUGAGCCUGCGCCUGGCAACUUCAAUGGGAACAGCUUGGACGGCGGGGAAUCGGCCCCUACUUCCGCUGUGACGUACAACAGUGUGCCACCCCCGUUGUCGGAGUUCGAGCAAGCGAAGCAGAAAGCGGCGCUAAUAGCCGCGAGGUUGGUCGGGGCUGAGGUCAAGCGUCCUCGGACGGAAGAAAAUAGCGCGGAGGAUCACAACGGGUCUGGGCGGACUAAUGGUCUGGAUCUGGGUCAAACCUUCGCUGAUGACAAUUUAAAGCGCGACCACGACCAGCCUCCGGAAGACAUUCCUCCUUUCCAUCAGCUCCAGCAACAUCAGGACUAUCAACAACAUAGUUCACAGCAGUAUCAUCAACCUCAACAUGGUGGUCAAAAUUUUUACAGCCCAGGGGGUCCUAAUCAGUCCAGGAAGAUCGAUGUGCCUAACUCAAAGGUUGGGCUUGUUAUUGGAAAAGGAGGAGAGACUAUUAAGUAUUUGCAGCAUCAAUCCGGUGCUCGAAUUCAAGUGGCUAGGGAUGGCGAGUCAGACCCUCGGUCUUCUACUCGACAAGUGGAGCUCAUGGGUACCCCUGAACAGAUUAGUCGUGCGGAGCAGCUCGUUAAAGAUGUUAUUGCUGAGCAGGCCUCCGCGGGAACUCCCGGCGGUGGAGGACUCGGUGGUCGUGGUUUUGGCGGUCCAGUCGGUCCUGCUGGAGAGCAAGUACAAGUCAAAGUUCCGAAUAACAAGGUUGGCUUGAUUAUUGGACGAGGUGGGGAGACGAUUAAGAACCUUCAGAGUCGUUCUGGAGCCCGCAUUCAGGUGCAAAAUGAUUCUGAGACUGAGCCUGGAGCUACAGAGAGGAUGGUGACCUUAAUAGGCAAUAAGAAGGCUACGGACAUGGCGUAUGAAUUAAUCAAGGAAGUAAUUGACGAGAAUCGAACAUCAAGGCCUCUAGGUGGCUACAACCAACAGCACGGUGGUGGAUACAGGCCUUCUGGCCCUCAGCAGUGGGGCCCCCCAGCUGCCCCUCCACCUUACGGAUACCAGCAGCCACCUCAUUAUCCUGGUCCCCCCCAACCCUACCAACAACCACCUCCCCAAGCCUAUGGCCAAUUUUCUCAGCAGCCUGCUGGAGGUUAUUCCUCUGGUUGGGAGCAGCGUUCACCUGCGUCUGCUGCACAGCCUCAACAGCAAACCUCUUUUGACUACUAUGGGCAGCAAAGUCAGCAGGUACACCAAACUCCUCAGGGGACAGCUACUCCAACCGAGUCCUCUGGUUAUGGCUACAAUCAGCAAAGUUAUUACCAAGGUUAUCAGCAGCAGCCUGCUCAAAACCAAACUUAUGGUGACCCAGCCACAACGUAUAGUCAGCAAGGAUAUCCCCAGCAGGGAUAUGCUCAACCUGCUUACAGUGGCUACUCGUAUGCACAGCCUGCACAGGGUGAUCAACAAGCGUUUGGUCAGCAAGGAUAUGGUUAUGGACAAGCUCAAUCUGGGUAUGCUGCUACAACUGGAGACACAACGACCCCAGCAACAGCUACUGGGUAUGAUUAUAAUGCAGCUGCUGGAAGUGCGCCUGCUGCUCCAGCUAGUCAGCCUCCUGCUGUGUCAGCCACUCAAAGCUAGAAAGGUGGUAAAUCACAUCCCGUGUUUUGUUAUCUGUAGUUUGUGUAGGAAAGAUGUUAUGUAGUCAGCUGCUCGUUUGUGCUGGAUUUUAGAAUUGAACAAUGCAGAUUAUCAGAGCAUGAGACGUGGUUUUUUAUCCUUUUGAGAUCAUUUUGUCAGGACGUUAGUAGAAAAUGGGUCAUUCUUGCACAAUACCAGCCAAAUGAGAUUUGUUACUGUUGGUUGAGGUAGAGUGUUUUUAUUAUUUGUGGCCCUUCGGAAUUCUGCUACUUUUUGUUCUCAUAGAAUGCAUAUAAACUACUAUUUGCUGUAGUCUGACGUAAUUGAUGCCAGUCUUACAUUUGUGUCCAAUAUAUUUUCUAAUUCUUGAA